AUGUCGCUGUUUCGUAAUUCCACCGGCGACGACUGCCGGUCCCCCGACACAACCCCGCUGCACUACAAUAACAACAGCAGCCCGGCCGCCCAGAAUUCCGCUGCCAAUGGCCAUUUGGCGACCUACUACGAUGUCAUGAAGUGCACUGGCGAGUUUGCCACCCCGUCCGAGUUCUUCGAGCGCACGCUGAAGCCGGUUCAUUCGAGCAGUCUGACGUAUCCCUGGGCAUCCAAGCCCAACGGUGCUGCAAACCCCAAGGGUGCGCGUCUGCGUCCAAGCGCGCUUGCGGGCCAGUCAUCAGUCCAUGGCAGCGAGCAUUCGGCUGGAUCGUCAUCGGUGUUUACAGCGCAGAUGCGCAGUGUUUUGCCGUCAUCAGUGUUCCAGCUGCCUGGGCAGCAGGUUGAGAGCAAGCUAGGCGAGUUUAUGUCUGGUGGCCAGUCGCUGCGUCAGGCAGGGCAGGUGCGUCUCAGCAAGUUCGACCGCAAGGUGUCGCUGGUAUAG